AACACAAAGUGAAAUAAUUUGAACAUGAGCAAGCUUCUUGAUCCCUCAACAGAAAGCCACAUAGGCAUUACUGAGGGAGAAGGUAUAACAGUGACAUGGGAGAAUUUGUGGGUCACUGUUUCUGAUGGAAAGAAAACGAAACCAAUUCUGGAAGGCCUUACCGGUUAUGCACAACCAGGGAGGCUUUUGGCUAUAAUGGGACCUUCUGGUUGUGGCAAAUCCACUCUUCUUGAUGCCUUAUCAGGAAGAUUGAGCCCAAACAUAAAGCAUAAAGGGAAGAUUCUAAUAAAUGGGCACAAACAAGAACUGGCUUAUGGAAUAUCAGGAUAUGUAACACAAGAUGAUGCUUUGCUUUCAACUUUAACAGCUCAGGAGACUUUAUACUACUCAGCUCAGCUUCAGUUCUCUGAUUCCAUGCCCAUAUCAGAGAAGAAGGAAAGAGCUGAUGUAACUCUCAGGGAAAUGGGUCUGCAAAAUGCCAUUAACACAAGGGUUGGAGGAUGGGGUUCUAAAGGACUCAGUGGGGGACAGAAGAGGAGACUAAGCAUCUGCAUUGAGAUCUUAACACAUCCAAGACUCUUGUUUCUUGAUGAACCAACAAGUGGACUUGAUAGUGCAGCUUCUUAUUAUGUCAUGAGAAGAAUUGCUAACCUUGUUCAGAAAGAUGGCAUUCAAAGGACUAUUGUUGCAUCUAUUCAUCAACCUAGUAGUGAAAUUUUUGAACUCUUCCAUCACCUUUGUCUUCUGUCUUCUGGUAAAACUGUAUAUUUUGGUCCUGCCUUUGAUGCUAAUCAGUUUUUUUCUUCAAAUGGUUUUCCUUGUCCAACACUCCAUAACCCUUCUGAUCAUUACUUGAGGAUCAUAAACAAAGAUUUUGAACAGGAUGCUGAAGAAGGCUUUGGUAGUGGAAUAACGGCAGAGGAAGCUAUUAAUAUUCUUGUGAAGUCUUAUAGCUUGUCUCAGAUUAAAAACAAAGUCAAUACAGAAGUGGCAAACAUAAACCAAAGUGAUUCUGGUGCAGUAGAGAAGAAGAGGGUCCAUGCUGCCUUCCUGACUCAGUGCCUUGUUCUUAUAAGAAGAUCUGCACUGAAUUAUUUCCGCGACUUGAGCAAUUACUGGCUGCGCCUUGCUGUGUUUAUUGCAAUAGCUCUAAGCUUGGGCUCUAUCUACUAUGAUAUUGGCUUUGGUGCUGGAUCUAUUCAGGCUAGAGGAUCUCUGCUUACUUUUUUCAUUUCCCUUUUGUCUUUCAUGACACUUGUUGGUGGAUUCGCUCCAAUGCUAGAGGAAAUCAAGGUAUUUGAAAGAGAGAGAUUGAAUGGACACUAUGGAGUUACAGCAUUUCUCACAGGGAACACAUUUUCUGCUGUUCCAUACAUGCUAAUAGUAACCAUGGUUCCGGGAGUAAUAUCCUAUUACCUUUGUGGACUCCACAAAGGACUAUUCCACAAUGGAGCAGAACACUUGAUAUACUUUGUAUCAGUGCUAUUUGCCAUAGUUAUGUGGGUUGAGAGCCUCAUGCUUGUUGUAGGGAGUGUGUCCCCUAACUAUGUUAUAGGCAUGUUCAUUGCUGGUGGAGUCCAAGGAAUCAUGAUCCUAGUUUGUGGAUUCUAUAGGUUACCAAAUGAUAUUCCAAAACCCUUAUGGAAAUACCCUUUGUAUUAUCUGUCUUUUCAGAAGUAUGCACUCCAAGGGUAUUUCAAGAAUGAAUUUGAAGGCUUAACAUUUGUGAUUGGUAAUAACAUGAACAUUAGUGGUAGGGAAAUACUAAGAGAGACAUGGCAUGUGGAAAUCGGACACUCUAAGUGGCUUGAUCUUGGAAUCUUGUUUGUAAUGAUUGUUGUGUACAGAAUGCUGUUCUUAGCAAUCACUAAGAGCAAGGAGAAGUUGAAGCCUGUUUUUGCUGCUAUUACUGGUAGAUGUUAGAAAAUUAAAUCAAGAAUAUUCAAGAAAGUAGUACAACUACA